CUGCCGCCCUGCACCGCCAACAUGCCAGUUCUGAACCAAGAGCCCUCCAAGGAUUUAGGGGGCAGUGAUGGUCUCCCAAAGCUGCCGCUCCCCACCCUGAAAGACACACUGGAUAUGUACCUGAGGUGUAUGAAGCACCUGCUCACGGAGGAGCAGCUCAACAAGACCCAGCAUAUAGUGAAGCAGUUUGGAGCCCCUGGAGGAGUGGGGGAGCUACUGCAGAGCAAACUCAUGGAGAGGAGGGAGAAGAAGGAAAACUGGGUGUACGACUACUGGCUGAAUGACAUGUACCUGAACAACAGACUGUCUCUGCCCGUCAACUCCAGUCCUGCGAUGGUCUUCCCACAGCAGAACUUCAGGGCUCCCAUCGACUCUUUACGGUUUGCUGCACACUUAAUUUCUGGAGUUUUGGAGUACAAGACUCUUCUUGAUGCACGCGCCCUGACUGUGGAUUAUGCCCGGGGCCAGCUGGCUGGAACCCCUCUCUGUAUGGAGCAGUACUAUCGCCUCUUCACUUCCUACCGCCUACCGGGGCCUGAGAGGGACACAUUAGUGGCCCAGGAGAGCAGUGUGAUGCCAGAACCUGAACACAUCAUUGUGGCUUGUAAAAACCAGUUCUUUGUGCUGGAUGUGGUGAUCAACUUCCGCCGGCUGAAUGAAAGAGACCUGCUGACUCAGCUGGAGAAGAUCGCCAGGAUGGCUGACAGCGAAGAAGAGCAGCUCCCACCUAUUGGUCUCCUCACUUCAGAUGGACGGACUGAGUGGGCCCAGUCUCGUAGUGUGCUAAUGAGAGAGUCUACUAACAGGGACUCUCUGGACAUGAUCGAGCGUUGUCUGUGUCUGGUCUGUCUCGAUGACGCCACUGGGCCUGAGCUAAGUGACACCACAAGAGCUAUGUUGAUGCUGCACGGCGGAGGAGUAGCCAAGAAUGGGGGCAACCGCUGGUAUGACAAGCCCAUGCAGUUUGUCGUAGGGGCUGACGGCUGCUGUGGAGUCGUGUGUGAACACUCACCGUUUGAAGGAAUCGUCCUCGUGCAGUGCACAGAGUAUCUGCUCAAAUACAUGAUUGGCAGCCCAUCGAAGCUGGUCAGGGCUGCAAGCGUGAGCGAGCUACCUGCACCACGCAGACUCCGCUGGAAAUGUACUCCAGAGAUCCACAAACUCCUCGCCUCUUCUGCUGACAAGCUCCAGAGGUUGGUGAAAAAUCUGGACAUGAGCGUCCACAAAUUCUCAGACUACGGGAAGGAGUUCAUCAAGAAGCAGAAAAUGAGUCCUGAUGCCUACAUCCAGGUUGCCCUUCAGUUAGCCUACUACCGAUGUCACGGCAGACCAGUGUCGACCUAUGAGAGCGCUUCCAUACGCCGCUUUCAGAAGGGCAGAGUGGACAACAUCCGCUCCGCCACAGCAGAAGCCUUGGCCUUCGUCAAAGCCAUGAGUGACGGGGAACCGAGCACGAGCGACUCAGACAAGAUGGAGAUGUUAAAAGAUGCCAUAACUGCGCAGACAAAGUACACUAUUCUGGCUAUUACAGGAAUGGCAAUAGACAAUCACUUACUAGGGCUACGUGAAAUUGCUCACGAGCUGAAGAUAGAGAAGCCAGAAAUAUUCCAAGACGACGCCUAUCUCAUCAGUAAUCAGUUCAUUCUCUCUACGAGUCAGGUUCCCACUACUGUUGAGAUGUUCUGCUGCUACGGACCUGUGCUUCCCAACGGAUAUGGAGCGUGCUACAACCCUCAGUCAGACCACAUCAUCUUCUCCGUGUCCAGUUUCCGUGAGAGCUCGCAGACGUGCUCAGCAGACUUUGUCAAGUGUCUGGUGCAGGGGCUCCUGGACAUGAGGGAUCUGUGCAAUAAAUGCAACUCCGGCUCCAAUCCGACCGCGCAAAGUCAGCGCCAGACGCUGGAGACGCACACGCAAACAGACACAAACUGGCAAAACAAAACACAGCAGAGACCAGCCGGUCCGACCAACAAUCAGCAAACACUGCCGCGGGUUCUGCUGAGGACGCCAGACCAGACCAAAGUGGAGGCUCAGACCCAGACUUCAUCACAGGGAGUAGCACAAGCUCUUAAGAAUGGAAGCAAACCAUAG